AUGGCUGAUUUGGAAAUACAACAGACAGAGACAUAUAAGGAACUCAGAUGGCAAGUAAUAUUUAUUUUCUUAUUAUUUGGGAUUUCUCAUUCAGUGUCUAGUCAGAUUAAUUACUCCAUUUUUGAAGAGAUUAGAAAAGGCUCAAGCAUAGGUAACAUUGCAAGAGAUCUUGGAUUAGAUGUUAAGGAUUUGUCAAUUAGAAAAUUCAGAAUUGAUUCUCAUAUUUCAGAGAAGUAUUUUGCUGUAAAUUUAGAGAAUGGGAACCUAUAUGUAAAAGAGAGAAUAGACAGAGAGGCAUUGUGUGAGUCACAGGCUACAUGCAUUCUAACCUUUGAUGCAGUGGUUGAAAAUCCGUUAAAUGUUUUUCAUGUCAAAGUAGAAAUUCAAGAUAUAAAUGACAAUGCUCCAAGAUUUUUUUACAAAGUAAUUGAAUUAGAAAUUGUUGAAUCAACUUCCCCAGGAGCAAGAUUUGUUUUGCAAGAUGCACAAGAUUUAGAUGUGGGCAUAAACUCAUUAGUACACUAUAAGCUUAGUGACAAUGAACAUUUUAUACUGAAUGAAAAGACUGGAGUUGAUGGAAGUAAAUUCCCAGAACUUUUGUUAGAGAAACCUAUGGACCGAGAGACACAAAAUAUUUAUGAAUUAAUACUAGUAGCCUCUGAUGGUGGAACUCCAGUUCAGACUGGAAAUACAUUAAUUAAAAUAAUUGUUACAGAUUCCAAUGACAAUUUUCCUAUAUUUACUCAAGAAAUAUAUAAAGUGUCUGUGGCUGAAGACACACCAAUUAAUUCUACAGUAAUUUGCGUUAAUGCAACAGAUAAAGAUGAUGGUAUCAAUGGGCAGAUCACAUAUUAUUUUAGCAGCACCCCAGAAAAUACACUUCUGAAGUUUUAUAUUGACCCUAAUAAAGGAGAAAUCAAAACAAAAAAUAACCUAGAUUUUGAGAAAGCAAGAAAUUAUGAGCUCUCUGUGCAAGCAAAGGAUGGAGGUGGCCUGAUUGCCCACUGCAAAGUAUUAAUAGAAAUUACAGAUGAAAAUGACAAUGCACCAGAGAUAUCAGUUACUUCAUUGUCUUCUCCAAUUCCAGAGGAUUCCACACCUGGUACAGUAAUAGCAUUAGUUAAAGUUCAAGACAAGGAUUCAGGGAUUAAUAGUGAAUUUGACUGUCAAGUUCUAGAAAAAACACCUUUUCAAUUAAUAUCUUCAUCUGGUAACUAUUAUAAAAUUGUUACAACAAGCUUUAUGGACAGGGAAACAGUACAACGUUACAAUGUUACUAUUAUAGCUACCGAUAAAGGGUUCCCCCCUCUAAUUAAUAAAAAAAUAAUAACUGUAGAAAUAUCAGAUAUUAAUGACAAUCCACCAAUAUUUGAUAAGUCUAUUUAUGUGGCCUAUGUCCCUGAAAAUAAUUUACCCGGAUCAUCUAUUUAUAACAUUCAUGCUUCUGAUCUUGAUACUGAAAUAAAUUCAAAACUAAUGUAUUCUUUAAUUAAUACACCUACUGAGGACAUUUCUGAAUCUUCUUAUCUGUCAAUUAACCCUGUGACUGGAGUAAUUUAUGCACAGCGAUCAUUUGACUAUGAGCAGCAGAAGGAAUUUUCCAUCCAAAUAAUGGCAAAAGAUAGUGGAUCUCCACCAAUGAGCAGCAAUACAACUCUGAGGAUCUGUAUAGUAGAUCAAAAUGAUAAUACACCAGAAAUCCUCUAUCCUAUGGCAGUAAGUGAAAUAGGUUCAUCUUUGACUGAACUCGUUCCUCUUACUUCUGAAGAAGGUUUAUUAGUUACUAAAGUGGUAGCAGUUGAUGCAGAUUCUGGACACAAUGCAUGGCUUUCUUAUCAUUUCAUACAAACAUCAGAAUCCUCUCCUUUUAUCAUUGAUCAUCGUACUGGUGAAAUUAGGACAGCUCGCACAUUACAUGAGAAAGAUACAUUAAGACAAAAAGUUGUGAUUAUGGUAAAGGACAAUGGAAAUCCAUAUCUCUCUGCAACAACAACAUUAACUCUGGUUAUUGUAGAUAGUUUUCAAAAGGUUAUAACAGAGCUCAGUGAUGACCAAAUUAGCCAUAAAGACCCUCAAUCAAAUUUGCAAAUAUAUCUAAUAAUAGCAUUGGUGAUUAUUUCCUGUUUAUUUAUUUUGACUGUUUUGAUAGUAGUUAUAUCAAGAUGUAAAGAUUCAUAUUCAUCAGAGAAUUUUCCUUCUUUAAGCACAAACGUGUAUUCUCAAGUUGAUCCAAGAUUUCUGUCAAAAUAUAACAAUGGGACAUUACCACUGCCCUACUCAUAUAAUGUUUGUGUAGCCCUGGAUUCAAGUGAAAGUGAGUUCACUUUUAGACCACCUGUCCAAAACGUGCCAGUUGAAAAUCUUAUUGAUGCUGAUGAUUCUGUGAUUGGAACUGACAGUGUUAAAGAAGCUUUACCUGAUGAUCUUGAGCAGGUGAGUGUAUAA